AUAAAUUUGGCCCACCAUAAGCUUCAGUUUGGACUGCCAGAUCAGUCGUUACAGAAUAUAACGAUGUUUAUGCUUGUUUAUUUUUUAUUUUCGUGAGGUAAAAAUGUACUUAAAGUGAGUAGUAUCCCUACCGAUUUUUUUUUUUGUAAUCUCAGAAUGGGUGCAGAGUGACGCUUGACAAAGUCAGUGAAGAGAACUUGAGAUGCUAAUGCAAUUUUCAUCUUAAUACAAUAGAUGCUUGUUCUUGGCCCCCCAUUUCAGUUUUGGUGCCCCAAAUGAAAAAGGUUGGGGACUCCUGAGGGCUCUGUGAGCCCUUCGGUUGACUGCUUAAGGCCUACCAUUUUUUUGACCACCAUUUUUUGACCUCCAUUUCACAUGUUUCAGUUGUACAGUACCAUCUAGUGUCUGCUAAGAUGAACUACAUUCAAUAGAUCUAGAAAAUGCUGCCAAAACGUGAUCUGUCUGAGCAGUAGAGUUGGUACCUUUUCCUUUUCUUCCCUUUCUAAGAAGGUUGUGGUAAAAUCACACUGUUGAGCAGAACUGGAUGAAUAAAUAAAGAUAAAAAUAACGCAACUUCCUCUCACACACUACAAAGAAAACCUACUGAUGAACCCAAAAUAUUUGUGUUAAGUAUUCUUUUUCAUAUCAGUGCAUUGCAUACAACAGAUUCCUUUGCAAAAAAAAAGUAUUCCAUUUUGAAGCAAUGCCGUGUAUACGGCAGAUCCCCAUGUGUCGUCAGAUCCUCUGUUACACCAAGCACCCAGACAUAGACUCCCGAUGUUGAUUACACCUAUUUCAGUUAGUGACGCACUUGACCUUAUUGUUCAAUGUGUCCAUACUGGUAGAGUAGGAGAGGCGCUAUUCAAAUGAGCUAAAAUUAAAUUGCACAAAGGAGUCCGAUUGGUUCUAUUUUUUCAAAUAAAAUUGGCCAACCAGAAUAGAAGCAAACAACAUGAAAUGUAGACUGUAGUAGGAUUGUAGAAAAAUCUUAAAAGCUUACCAAAACCCGAAAUGUUUAGUAGUCCAGUCGUUACAUCACACUCCCACUGGACUUAUUUUCAAAGAAAUGUUUAUGUAAUGUCACCUAUGAUAAAAUUGCCCUUCUUGUGACACUGGAAGUUGAAACACAUGUGCAGCAGGCCAGGAAAUGUGAUGCUCAUGUGUCAACACAGAUGUAUGUCAUGAGUUGUUAACUUCCUCUCCACGGUGGUCAGUCAGCAGCUCGUUAAAACGUGCUUUGUUGCUGCAGGUUGAUCAAGGCCCAGAUACAGAUACUGUUCUUUAAAUGAAACAGCCACCGUAAUAUUUCUGAACCGUAUGGACCUGUCAUGCAUAUGAUAUUUUUCUUCCUAUUUAUGUUUCUUAUAAAAACAAAGACAUGACAUAAACAGGAUAUGAGCGUUCUGCAUAAUUAGAGAACCAGGCAAAAUUUAAACAACAAUGGCCGAAACAUUUCUGAUGUACUGCACUUAUCUUUAUUAUUCAUCCAGUGUUUAUUUAGAAUUAGUAAACAAAUGGUUUCUCUUUCUAUUUUGCAAACAGUGUGACAGCACAUCCCAUGACGCUGAUGAUUCAGACAACGUGGUUCGGGAUUGUUUUGGGGAAACCACCACGGUUUGGGAAUAACCAAACAGUGACUACUGAAAAUAAUGCGAUAUAUAUAAACAAACCCAUAGACAUAGCUAGACAAUUAACAGUUUUCAAAAAUACAUUAUACAUUUUUUUAAAAAAAUAAAAUCUAAGAACAGCUUGACAAAAAGUUGACAAAUUGAGAAGUUGGUGUAUACAUCAGAAUGGGAUUUUUAAAUCUAAACAUUACAUCAUCACAAGUACUGAGUACACUGUGGCAAAUGCAAUUAACUAAUUUUGAAAUAAAAUAAUCAAAGAUGUCUUUAAAUCCACUUUUUUUUUUUAAAUGUGUACUAUAUUGACAGAAAUAUGUCACUGGUUACCUUUAAACACAACUUCCAACUAUAUUUUAAAGACACAAUGCUUUUUUCUUUGAUGUACGUGACAGAAUGUGAAAUUAUGUCAUCCUUUCUGCAUUGUUGAGCAAAUGAAAAUCUCUGGAUGGGCCUGUGCUUAAGGUGGUAGGAGGGGUGUAAAAAUCAUAGUUUGUUCCUUGUUUUCUUGUGACUUUCUCAGUGCCUUUCACCAAGAAGAGACACAAUGUCUGAUCCAAACACAUCUUCUUUUGUCUUAGACUUUGGCUCUGUGUAUGAAGAACUCAACUUUACUUAUAAUGAGUCAGAGUUCGUCCUCGACCCUGAAACGAAGCCCUGCAGCGUCUUCUCCUUCCCAGAUGCAGUGAUGGUUGUUGUCACUGUCUUUUACAUCCUCAUCUUUCUGUUGGCAAUUCCUGGAAAUCUGAUAGUGGGGCUGGUGAUUAGUCUUAGCAAGCAGUCACUAUCUCCCUCUGACCUCUACCUCCUCCACCUAGCAGUUGCAGACCUCCUCCUGGCCAUCACUCUCCCGUUCUGGGCCACCGCUGUUACAAAGGGUUGGGUGUUUGGAGACUUCAUGUGCAAAAUUGUCACCAUCCUCCAAGAGCUAAGCUUCUACUCCAGCAUCCUCUUCCUGACUUGCAUUAGUAUGGACCGUUACAUGGUGAUUGUGCGAGCUAUGGAGCGACGCCGUGCUGACCGACAGCUGGUCAGUUGGGGAGUUUGUGUUGCUGUCUGGGUUGUUGGGGCACUGCUGUCUCUGCCUGGUCUGUUCAGUUCUUCCUUCCCUUCUCCAAGCUCUGGAAUGCUACAAUGUGCUGAACGUUAUGAUCCCAGUAAUGCUGAUGUGUGGCGACUGGUCACGAGAAUUCUUCGGCACACUUUGGGCUUUCUUAUCCCCUUGGCCAUCAUGCUUCCCUGUUAUGGUGUAACCAUCCAGCGCCUCCUCCGCAUCCGUAGAGGGUUUCAGCGACAGCGGGCCAUGAAAGUGAUUGUGUUCGUGGUUGCUGCCUUCCUGCUGUGCUGGACACCGUACCACAUUGCAGUGAUGACCGACACUUUUUUCAGGACAAAGAUAGUGCCAUACCGGUGCCCAGCGAGGAUGGCAGUGGAUCAGACCAUGUUCGCCACCCAGAGUCUGGGCCUGCUUCACAGUUGUGUCAAUCCAGUGCUGUAUGCUUUUGUGGGAGAGAAGUUCAGGAGGAGGUUGUUGCAGAUAAUGAGAAAGAUAGGCAUUGUGGAGAGAGUAUCAGUGACAAGAAGCAGCAGGUCUUCACUGUCAUCAGAAAUUACAUCCACAUUCAUGUGAGCACACCAGAGAGACACUUUGGCCUAUUCAGAUAACUUGAUCACAUUGGUGUAUUUACUGCAUGAUCAUAAUGUGCUGGGCAACAGGUGACUUCUGAUAUUUUUUUUUAUCACAGCUUGUAUUUGGUGGACUUUUCAAAACUCAACAAAUUUAAAAGAAAUGAAAAUCAGCCUUGUAUUUUGUUAAAUUUUAAAUAUUUUUUUAAUAUUAAAAACAAAUAUUUGUUUUUGUUUUUUUCGUUUUAUUUAACUUGUUUUGAUUUCUAUAGAGUUUACACCAGGGCUGUGUUGCUUAAAAAUAAACUGUAAACAUGUUUUUGUGGUUACACCUCUGAAAGCCCUCUCUUUCUUCACACGUCUAGUUCUGUAUAAAACAUGUUUGUCAAGUUUCAGUUUCAAGUGUAAGUAUAUUUCAACACAGUAAUACCAUGUCACAACAUCAAGACAAUAUAUCCACUGAUGAACACCUUGAGAUGCGGCUGAUGGAGCUCUGCAAAAAGCUAGAACUGGAUCUCAAGUUGAGACAAUUCAGUGUUAGAUAAUGAAAUAUCUGUCCAAAAUGAUACAAUGUAUAUAUACAGAGUAAUGUGAAUUUUCAGAAUGACUUUCUGUUUUUAUUCAAAUUUCAAAACUAAUAUCACAGUCCUUUGAAAGAGCAUUUUACUUAAAGCUCAAGCUGUUCUACAUCACUAAUUAAACUAUUGUCCUGUACAGUAACUCCAUGUUAUUGUUCAUAGUAAUGUAUUAAACUAUUUGUAUACAAGACUGAUCUGAUUUUAUGUAUAUUUAGCUCAAGGCAACAGGAUUCACAAUUUGCAGUGUCUGUAUAGUUGCAAUCAUCAAUAAAAUUUUGUAUAGACAUGUA